UUCGGGAUCCCUUUGGUAUGAUGUCACGAUUACCCAUAAGUCAUUAUUUCACUGGUGAUCGCGUGGUGAGCAAGAAGCUUCCUUAUUUUCAAAGCCGAAGGAUUUGAUUACAWAUUUAGUGAAAUGGAGGGUGGUCAAAAUUACAUGCCCCCAGAUUCAAACCCACCACCUCCACAACARCAAUAUGUUCAACAAUACAAUGAAGGUGCAUCAUCUCAAGGUAAUCCAGGAGAACAAGGUGGUAGUUUGAAACGUUCUGCUGAUGACGGAGACUACAAUGGCAAUAAUAAGCGUUUUAAACAUCAAAGCAAUGAUCAAGCUACAAUUCGAAUUCUUCUCCAGAGCAAGGAUGCUGGUGGGAUAAUAGGAAAGGCUGGCUCAAACAUCAAGCGCUUGAGAUCUGAGUACAAUGCAGUGGUCAAUGUUCCCGACACCAAUUCCUCAGAGCGUAUUCUCACUAUAACUGCCAUGAUGCCGACUGCUUUGACUAUAUURAGAGAAUGUGUACCCAAGAUUGGAGAGCAUUCUCGUGGUAGCAAUAACCCAUCACAUGAUAUCCAACUGCUCGUUCAGCGAUCACAGAUUGGAAGCAUUAUUGGCCGAGCUGGUUACAAAAUCAAGGAAAUCCGUGAGAAUUCUGGUGCAAACAUCAAAGUGUUCUCAGACUGCCUUCCCAAUUCUACAGAGAGAGUUGUAGCCAUCUCAGGUCCUUUAGAUACUAUUGUCAAGUGUGUAGAAAUCAUAUAUCAAACUCUAGAAUCGACUCCCAUAAGAGGUCAAGUCUGCCUUUACUAUCCCUCUUCGCAGGGUGGCUAUGAUGACUGGUCAUAUGGAGGCUAUGGUGAUGAUGGYAGAGGUCCAAUGGGUCAUGGACCAAGAGGGGGUGGUAGAGGUGGAGGAAGAGGCGGUAGAGGCAGAGGGGGAGGAGGUGGUGGUAGAGGAGGUGGUGGUAGACGUGGUGGAGGAGGGUUCAAUGAUGGUGGUGGACAAGGAGGCGGAGGAGGAGGAGGCGGCUAUGGUGGAAACAGUGAUUUUGCUCAAGAUAUUGGCGGAGGAUUUAACGAUGGUAACUUUGGAGGAAUGGGGCAGAGUCAUCAAGAGCAAUCUGACCAACCAACGUCAUCCACACAAGUCACAAUUCCUAAUGAUCUUGCAGGCUCCAUYAUUGGCAAAGGUGGAGAACGCAUUAGAAACAUAAGGGGUCGAUGUGGGGCAGUUAUCAAGAUAGAUGAUCCAUUACCAGGAGCUGAUGACAGAAUCAUCACUAUCACCGGCACACAAGAUCAGAUCAACUUUGCACAGUUUCUUCUCCAACAGAGUGUACGGCAAUACUCUGGAAAGAAGUUUUAGUCAAUCACUGUUCGUUAUAACAGAGCAGACAGCAUUCUUACAUGACAGCAGUAUAUACAUUCAGUGGAAUUAUUUUCAAAGAAAGUUUAAUGUAGUAAAUUUUCUUGCAAAAUUUUAUGCUUUAGUAAUAAUAAUUAUGCCGCUAUUUUUCCCCUGGGAUUUGUUGUACCUGACAACAUAAAAAUGGUCUAACUUUAAUAUUAGACAUGAUUGUAACAUAUGGAUUUGCUACACUUAACAUAAAAUACACCAACUAAAUGUGAAUAUUAGUGCAUAUAGAGUAAAGUCAAAAACCUGUGAAUUUGGCAUCACAUGAAAUGUUUUGAUGCAUUUAUUUGUGUAUUUGACUAUCACACUAUAAUAGUAAACUUUUUUUUCACAGUAAACUUUUGACUUCACUCUACCGACACAAAAACAAUCAAAAUAAUGUCAACUAAAUGUACUAACUAGAAGUUUACCAACAUUAUUUAUGGGUUAAGUGUAGAGUGGUUCUCAUUAACCCGUGAAAUACACUUUAGCGUAUUACACUUUAUUACACUUUGUCUCUUUUGUUUUCUAUUAUAUUUCUUGGCUAUUACAUUUUAUUACACUUUGACUAUUACACUUUGUUUCACGGGUUAAUGAGAACCGCUCUAACAACAACUUUAGUAAAACCCCAUUUCUUAUGUUAAGUAAUCAUCCAUUUUUAGUGGUAAUUUCAUGUAACUAUAAUUGUACACUCUAUCAUCAAGAAUAAAAGUUUCCUUUUUA